AGUAGUAAAUUUCUUAAAAUAGACAUCGACCGGAGGAAAACUUUGCACUAUUUCCUAUACUAGGGAUACUAGUGUAGUACACUACAACGCAAUGUAAUUUAAAGCAACGUCUAGAUCUAGAUUAGAUUCUAGAUCUAAUUUCUUGUUGAAUUUGAACAUGACGCGAACAUCAAUCAUCUAGAUUCUAUAUAAACGGAAUGUCUGGUCAUUUGUCAAGAGGGAGGAGGAAGUAUAAAUUAGUAAUCUUAGGAGACGGAGGCGUGGGAAAAAGUGCCCUUGUCAUACAGUUUGUGUGCCACAGGUUUUUAGAGUAUCAUGAUCCAACAAUUGAAGAUUCAUUUGAACAGCAAUGUCGUAUAGAUGAUGAGCCUGCACAUCUUGACAUACUGGACACAGCUGGACAGACUGAGUUUACUGCAAUGCGUGAACAAUACAUGAGAAAUGGAGAAGGUUUCAUCUUGUGUUUCUCAAUAACAGACAGACGCAGCUUUGAAGAACUUAUUACAUAUCGCAAUCUUAUAAAUAGGGUGCGAGCUGGCGAAGAAAUACCAAUUAUAAUUGCUGGCAACAAAUGUGAUUUAGAACAUAAAAGAAAGGUUAAAUCAGAAGAAGCCAUGGCUCUGGCCCAACAAUUGGGUUGCCAGUAUUACGAAACUUCUGCUUACCUCAGAAAAUGUAUAGAUGAUGUUUUCCAUGGUAUUGUACGAGCUAUACGAGAUAAGGAAAAAGAAAAGUUACAGCAAGGAGUGAAUGCUAAAACAAAGCCUAGUAAAAUAAAGAGACUGCUUACAUCACUUCAGCCAAGUCAUCUAUUUAAAAAAGGGUCAACUUCCAAUCUUAGCAAAGAAUAAUUAUUUUCAGUUCUAUAUUUUUCUGUUUACCUGUAAGAAAAACAUCAUCAUUGUUAACAUUACUAUUGAAAUACAUUUUGAAGAGUUAUCCUUAAUGUAGAUAUAUUAGAGUCAUACAUUUCAACCAGUUUUAAUAGCACUUUGUAUCUGUUAUGUUUAUACACAUCUUUAUGUUAUUGACAUACAAAGAUAGUUCUAUGUGGUUUAAAAAAUGACAUAACAUAAGGACUAAUUCAGAUGUACUAUAGAUACAAAAAGAAAAUGACCCACAUAAAAUCAUUUCCAAAUCUCAAGAUAGAAAAAAAUUGUUCCAUUAUUAUUUUUGUUCAAACUGCUAAUCUAGUUUGAAUAACAAUCUGAAUAAUUUGCUAAUUGAGUGUUGACAACUCUAUGUUUGUGAUAUUUUUAUAGUUAUAAUUAUUAAAUAAUCAAUAAAUAAUUGAUAUAUAUACACAGACAUAUUUAAAAAGACUAUAUCUUCUAUUUCUUAUAUAAAUUUCAUGAAUUUAUUUAAAUGAAGGGCUAUAGACAUUUCUCUUCUGGUAACAUAUUUUCAGAGUAUAUUUAUUGUACGGUACAAAUGAAAUCUGUAUUACUGUGUUAUUUGUAUCAAUAUGUACAAAAGAAUGUUUCUUAAAAUAUUUAUUAUUGAGUAUGUGACUGUGUGGAGAAACAGUUUGUCUAACUGAAGUCAGCUGUGUGGAUGCUGAGUUCUGAGAGAUAUGAAUUUAUAUGUUUGGGUGAUUCUUUUUUGCACAAUCAGCAUUUUGUUCCUUAACUAAAUUGUAUGUGUAUUGCUAUCGGUUGUCUACAUGAAAAAAAAAAUGUAUUACAAUGUUUGUAAAAAAGUAUAACUGUACAACAUAUCAUGACAUCUAUCCUGUACCUAGAUAAACAUAUACAUUUUAUAUUGGGUUGUUUGUUUAUUUUUGGUUAAGGGGGGGGGGGGGUUACAUUAUUAAAUAUUAUUUUCAUAUCAGUACAGAUUUCUUUUUUUUUUUUUUUUGCAUCAUAACAAAAUAAGUAUUUCCCAUUUAAAAAUCAUAUAUAUUUUCAUGUUUUUUUUUUUAUUCUUGGCUUUAAAUCAAUUUUUUUUUUUAAUUAAUCAAGAAAUUGUAACAUUGAUCUGUAUCUCAUAUUUUUGAAUUUCAUUUUUUUAAAUAUAUUUUUAGUGUUUUUUUUUAUGUAGUUAAUGUAUCCAUCUCCCAUUUCAUGAUCUUGUCUCGAUGUGUUAUGCACUUUGUUCUAGCAACCAGACUAGUCAUAAGAAACAUGUUUUAUAAUGCUAUUUCUUUUCUAGAAUGCAAGUUUUAUGUUUUCUUCUUAGAUCAUUGUCUUGACAUGAAUAUAACCAAUAGUCUUCCAUGAGCCAAUAAACAGAAAUUGUGUGAUAUUUUGAAGAAUAUAAAGAAAAAAAAUUUGAUUUCAAAAAUCAUAUAUUUCAUUAGAUAAGAUUUGGACUACCACAAAGAUAAAAAAAAAAAACAUGUUACCUAAUUCCAUAAGUAAUGUGGAAAGUAUUUAGGUAUUUGUUUUAGGUUUGGAUAUAGUUUAAAUAAAAUCUUUUACAUGUGUGUGUUUAACAGACUUGAUAAAACUGACAUGCUGGUUAUAGUAUGUUAACUUUUAAAAUCUUUGAUAUACUUUUGUAAAUUUAGGUUCUUUUUUUUCUUGAAGUAGUAAAAAUUAGAGAAGGAAUGAACUGUAGGUAUUUAACUAGUAAAUAUUUAACUGUCUGCUUGAGGCUUUGAUUCAUUUUAUCAAUUCUCAUCAUCAUUCUUUUCCUGAAGUAAUUUGCCAAAUAAGACUUUGAUUUAAACAAAAAAAUUUUUUUCUAAAUUAUUAGAUUGAAAUUCAUAUUUAAAAAGUCUGGACUAAAAAAAUGCUAGUAAAGAAAAAACAUUGGCUAAAAAAAUAUGUGACAUCAAUAAAUAUUUCUUUUUAGCUGUUUUUUUUUACCCUCUUAAGUUUUAAGUAAUAAUAAAUCUGUUUUAAAAACAACAACAUUGUAUUAGCUCUAUGAUUAUCUUUAAACCUUACACUGUCCAAUGAUGUACACAUUUUUUCAAAAUGAAUGUAUUUGUUAGAACUGUCUAUUAUUAAUUUGACUUCAAAUAAAUGUUGUGAUGAUUUUGUCUAUUUAAAUGUUGAUUGGUAUAUUGCCAUCAGGUUUUUUUUUUCACUGUGGCUGCUGUUGAUAUUUGCUGUGAUUGUUAUCAUUGAUAUUUCAAUCAAACAGGAUGCACUGUUUAAUAAAUCUUCUUUAGUGCCUAAAAAAAUACUGAUUGGUACGGUACUUAUUGAAUAACUUUUCAAAGUAAGUAUUUCUGCUUGUUUACUGGCUACAUUAGUUGUCAGAACUAAGGUUAGGAUUAGUACAACUCUUAAUUUUUGUGAGCUGUGAUAUUGUCAAGCAUUCAAAAGCUUUAAGGUAGUGUAGCAGCGAAUCCUUUUUUUUUUUUUUGAGUAGAGCUAUACUCUGAAAAUAAAUGAAAACCAAUUGAAAAGGCUUGAGAUGUAGUUCAUUAGCAGUUCAUAUGCAGUAUUUAUAUGUAUAUGUACAUUUUUACUUUAACAAAUUAAAUGUCAGUCAUUAAAAUUUUUGAUAAAGAUAUUUAUAGAAACUAAUAAAAAUAAACAUCUAACUUUUGAAGGAUAUGGCUAAUAAUUUGACUUUUUUUUUUUUUUUUUUGAACAAUCAUGUAAGAUAAUUUCAUCAUACACAAUGAAUGUAAUCCUCAGAUUUCAUGAUGGAUCCUUGCCUGUUAAUAAUUCUAAGUAAUUAUAUGUUUUAUUGGCCAGCUUAAUAAGAUUAUUGUUGUGUUUGUCACAGAAGAUUACACCCCAAAUAGAUCUACAUGUUUUCAUUUACAAUGAGGAAGAAUGUCAAAUUAAUUUAGUUCAUGAAUUGACUUGCCUAUAAAAUAAAUGAUCAAAGCUU